CUUUCACCAACAACUCCACAAAUUGCCCUAGUCAGGCUCGCCGCUCGAUUAUGACGAAGCCAUGGCUGAGCCAACGGAUUCAUCGCUCUGGGUUGAAGAAGCCUUUCUUUCGGCGAAAAACGAGUUCCUUAAAAGUCUAGCGAAUAAGUCGGGGUUCGACUUCUCCAAAGUCGCCAGUGCCGAGGAUGUGCUUGACGCAGCGCGUGUCAUUGAGCAGCAACAGAAACAAACGAAAACUCAACGCGGGCUCGCGAGGAUCAAGCCCCUCAUUACUGUGCUUCAGGAAUACAGUGGCGUGAUUGAUACGUUUGCCCAGGUCAAGCCCGAUGUCCUAUGUUUGAUAUGGGGACCCCUUAAAUUUAUAUUGCAGACCGCCAGCACGGUGACUGUGGCCUUCGAAAACAUCGUCAAGACCCUCGGUGAGAUUCGGUUGAUCCUCCCCAGUUUCAAAACGUACAGAGAUACGUUUCCUCGGAACGACGUUAUUCGGCAGGUCCUAUUGCUCUUCUUUGAGGAUAUCCUCGGUCUUUACUCAGUCCUGCUGAAUUUUGCCACCAACAGCAGGUUGAGGAUGAUCUGCGAGCCGUUCUGGCCAGGCGUUCGAGCCAAGGUCGACAAGAUUAGAGAACACAUGCAGAGCCACAAGGCCUUGAUGACGGAGGCUGUAACGCUGGAGGACAUUGUCCGAGCGCAAACAGCCAGAAACCUAGCCCUGGCCGAGUACGACCACGCACAAAAGUUCCGCGACUAUCAAGAAUUCCGCGCAGUCCGUGACGAGGUAAACCCUGAGACGCGCUACGAGAAGCUGGAUGAUAUUCUCCGAAAAACAACCAAAGGGUCGGGCACUUGGCUUGACCAGGAAAAGGCGUUUAUGAACUGGUUGAACCCAGUGGAUCGAACAGUUCGCUGUUUUUGGCUUUGCGGAAUCCCCGGCGCCGGAAAGACAUUCCUUGCUGGGAAUAUAAUCCAACGUCUCCAGCGGACCGGGCAAUGUGUCUUGUUUGCGUUCCUCACCCACGAACAGCAGUCUUCUGGUAAAACACUCGGCGUUCUCCACUCGUUGUUAUUCCAAGCUCUCGAACAAGUCCCGUCAUUGCAGGUGCUUCUCCCCGACCACUCGAGCCCGGACCGCAGGAAACUAUUGCGCGAUCGGGACUUCGUCAAGGAGACCCUGUGCACGGUUGUCACUAGCAUCGGGCCAGCAUAUAUUGUUCUUGAUGGCCUCGACGAGAUCGAGGAAAGCUGCUGGAGGGACCUUCUCGUUACUGUUUUCGGCAUCAAAGAGCGCUGUACUGAGACCAAGGUCCUCAUCAGCAGUAGGGAGGAGCGAGAGAUUACCCUCGCCCUGAAGGACCGAGCCACCGCGCUUCACAUCAACAAGUACAACCACGAGGAUAUUCGGGCAUUCGUCCGUUGUGAGAUGGAAGGUCUGCUUCUCCGAUUUGGCGAUGCCGACGAGCAAGUCCGCUCUAGGAUUAGGGCCGCAUUGGAGCUUAUCCCUGAUAAGUCCGAUGGCAUGUUUCUAUACGCCCAACUCGUACUGCAUGUUGUGAAAGACUAUGGAACGGCAGAAGAGAUCCAAGCUGAGGUUGAUAACCUUCCCGAUGGGCUAUAUAAAGCAUAUGGUCGCCUUAUUUCAAGGAUUGAGCAAAAGAAUGUGCCAAACAAGCUCCGCAGCGUCAUCCGCCGAGUUCUGAUGUGGAUUGCCUGCGCUACGCGGCCGCUUCGGGAAGAGGAGUUGCUUCAGGUCCUUGUCAUAGACAUUGGAGAAAACGACUUCACCAGGGGUCGAAAAGAGUAUCGCGACGUCAGACGUGAUUGCGGUCCUAUCAUUGAAGUGCUGGAUGGAGCAGUGCGGUUCGUCCACUUCUCCGCCAAAGAAUACCUCCUUCACGAGCAAAGCAACAGCUUUCUGAGCCUGGCAGAUGCCCAUUUGGACGCAGCCCUGACGUGCGCUACGUAUCUUUGUUUUACGUCUUUUGACAGUCUGUUGUCAGCGGAUUGGGAGGCCACAGAUAUCCAAUGCCAGAUUCGCAGCGGAGAUUUUGUUCUCCUUGAAUAUGCGGCGUUGGAAUACAUGGACCACAUCAAGGGGUGGAUGGCGAACAAGACCGACGAGGGCUCCGUGGAACAGAUAUCUACUACUCUGAACCAGCUAUUCGAGAUUCGGCAGAACCACUUCUUCAACUCGUCGGCACCUCCAGCAUCGUUCAUCAGCGAAUUCAAGACUUUCCAAGCGGAUCAAGAUCUCCAACACCGUCUCGCGAGUGCAUCGUCAUUUUUGACAGGCGUCAAGAUAGGGGUGGUGGACAUGGACGAAGCCACUGGUACUUCCAACAACAACCCACUCGGCAUUCUGCCCGCACUAGUGGAAUUUCGGCGACACUUGGAACACGCGGUGUGUGACGGUCCAAACCAUAGCCCGGGCUGUGCGUGUCCGACAUUGAAAAGGCUGUAUGGGCCACGACUCUACCAUUGCAGAAAGGCGUUCUGCAGCGCAUACACCAAUGGCUUUGAAACCAACGUGUCUCUUAUCGAACAUCUCAAGAUACACGCCGUGAACCACCGCUGUCACUUCCCAAACUGCGUAUUCGCAGACAUUGGGUUUCGGACAAGCGAAGAGCUUUCCCGCCACAUUGGGAAUGCUCACGAAACGCGGGCUAUCCCGGAUUUUAGUCGAAUUGGUGCCGUCCAAGCGGCUGCCUUGCCGGAGAGAGAUCAACAAGAGUUGCUCUGCGACGCAGUCGCGAAUGGACAGUUCGAUGCGGUACGGAAUCUAGCGAGCCCGUCCGUUCUUGCGGGGUGUUCUACACUGCUUAUCGGGAUAGCGGGUUGGAAUGCACCCCCGGACCUUCUUUCUUGGUUGCUUGAUCAUGAGUGCUGCAAAAGUUCACCACCUGCGGAAACCAACCACAUUAAUAUAGCGCUGCAUGCAGCCAUCGAAGGCGAAAACCUGCCAAAUGUCAAGCUUCUACUGUCCCAUGGGGCCGACAUCACCUCGAGAUGUGUUGUCCGAAUCCACAGCAAUGAUUCAUGGUAUAGGGGAAGUCUCCCUGGUAUCCUGCGAGCUUUAAAGCGCUGGAACGGGGCACUCAUGAAGUUCUUGGUAGAUGAGUGUGGCGUCAUGAUUCCUCAGACAUGGGAUAGGUAUCAUGUGUCAAAUGUCGACUCUGAUCCCGGUAUCAUUUUCGAGGCAAACCACUUAGCCGACGCGACAUUGGAGAACGCUAGGCGUCGAUUUAGCGCAAUAAAGCCAUUUAUUCUAUGGCCGGAAGCAUAUGCACUGGGGCCUUAUUUCGCUACCCAGGCUCGGUCGCCAGCUUUGGUCAGGAUUAGCCUCGAAAAUGGCGGGGACCCGAAUAGACGUGAAAGUUCGUCUUCGCGAUUCCCGCUUUACGCCUGCAUCACCCAGCGCGGCGAACCGCACCGAGAGAUCAUGGAGGUGUUGUUAGAAUACAAGGCCAAUCCAAACGCCCUGAACAACGGUGGCACAGACGUGUGGGAGACUGCUCUGCAAUCGUUAUCGACGAUCACCUCGUCAAAUAUUCUGGACUGCGCCGAACUUCUCCUGCGUCAUGGAGCAGACCCAAACCGCGGGGAUCGGACUAACCCAAUUUACAACGCCGUGAGACGCGGACGGUCGGAGCUGGUGAAGCUUCUCUUGCAGCAUGGAGCGAGUCCAAGCGGAACAGGGACCAAGCAGAUAGAAAGUCUUGCUGGGAUGAAGAAGGUUGAGAAGUAUUUUGAGAUGCCGUGGGAUGAUAUAGUCCGCAGGAUUCAAGCAGGCGAGGACGUUGAGGGUAAGAGAAAACGAGUAAGGGCUUAGGGUGACUUUUCGCUUCAGCGAUGACGGGAGCUUGUGGGCAAGUCAAGGCCAUUUUCU